GCUGCUGUCAGGCGGCACUUACCUCAGGCAGCUCCAGGUCGGUGGGGCUAAGGGAGGCUCCCUGCCUGCCCUGGCUCCAGGCUGCUCUCAGACGCAGCCACCAUGUCCAGACGCUAGGUGGAGGGGCCACGGGGCUCUGCACAGUGCGUGCUGCCCACGCCCGCAGCUCCCAUUGGCCACAGUUGGUCAAUGGGAGCUAUGGAGCUGGUGCUGGGGGCUGGGCCAGGAUGCAGAGUUUCCCUGAUCACCCCUCCGCCUAGGGGCCGCAGGGACAUGCCGUUUGCUUCUGGGAGCUGUGCAGAGCUGACCAGACUUUAAAUGACCUGGCAACCCCAGUUUCCUUCUGCAGCGGGCUGAGCCGGCACUCGCAGCUCCAAACCUGUGGGGGUGGCACCAAGUCUCAGGGAUUCCGGCCCACGGCGCAGAGACUUGCUGUGGGCCAGAUGAAAUGGAGCAGCAGGCCAGAUCCAGCCGGGGUGCCAGAGAUUCCCCACCCCUGACCUAGUGUAAUGAACAAUCUCUGGUCACGUAUAUAGAGGGAAUAUUAGGAGUACAGUUCACAGCUUUUUGGCUCCAAACACACUCUGCUUGUUCAGAUAAUGGAGCAAUUCUGCUAGUUCAUUCAUUACAGAAAAAGAAUAAAUACUUGAUUUCAGUCAAAGCCUUUUAAGAUGACUUGAGAAUCACUAUAUUGAGUCCAAGGUCCUGUUUCUUGCUUCAUGGGCUGGCAUGGGAAGGCAGCUCAUUUAGACUUGGGGUGGAGGGAUGGAGCACUUAUGUUGCUGUCUGGAGACAACUGGUAACCACAGUAGGAUAAGUUUUGGUGAGCUUUGAAUGAAAUCCUAUUCAGCCUUACUCUGUCAAGGAAGGUAAUAUGACAGGGGGCCACUCUCUGUAUGUAAUUUCAGAUUUUUCAGUACAUGAGGAGGGUUAUGUGACUUGUGAAAGCAGUUGGAGCCCACUAUCAAGGAGAGAGGAGGAAAGGAGCGCUCCGUAGAGAAUCUUGUCCUUUCCCAAAAUAACUGAUUGAGAUAGUUAUUCAAGAGAGCACAGUUAGAAUGUCUGUCUUUGUCAUUUGGGAAGGGGACAUUGAGUUUCCCUGUGGUAGAGAUGAUAGAGAUGGAAGCUGCAAGUGAAUGCCCAUUUGCACUUUUCCUACAACUCUCUCCAUGCUGCCAUGGCACCUCUUGCACAUGUAAUACACUUCCUGAGUUAAUCCAUCAGUUAAUCCAUCCACUCUCUCCUUCAAACCACUCCUCAAGACCAUAGGUGCUGCUGCACCUCCUGGCUUGAAGGGACUUCUGUCAUACACAGGGUUUACAGUUUGGUUCAAUGGCUCUCAGCACCCCCAUUAUACAAAUUGUUCCAGCACCCCCGUUCAAGACCCACAUCUGGUGUGACAGCUAAAAGAAAAUCAGCCAACUAAUGACAGGCUGAGCAGCACUUGCAGCGAAUAUAUAUAUAUAUAUAUAUAUAUAAAACAACCCAAAACAAACAAUUCAGGAACAUAAAUAUGUGCACAUAAGAUCACAUGGUGACUUGGCUCACCUAUAGCUUAUUUCAAGUUAGAUGGUAAGCUCUUCAGGAUAAGGACCAUGUUUUAUUGUGGGUUUGUACAGUGCCUUGCACAGUGGGGCCCUGAUCCUGAUUGGGUGUUUGGAUGUUACUGCCAUAUGAACAGCAGUAACAAGAAUGGUCUUAAUACACUUCAAAGAGAGAAGCAGAAUCUGGUACAGAAAAUGUUCAAAGAAAAUUAUUUGUUGUGGGUUUUUUUUUUUAAUCUUAAGCAAUAGCACAAAUCUGUGGUAUCUGUAUCCAAAGCGUGGUCUCUGGAUCACUUGCUAUGGGUGUGUGGAGACCUGGCUGGUCACAAGUUGCUGCCGCCAGCUCCUCCUUUGUUAACAUGACUAUAUCACUGUCAAGGUAGUUAUAGAUAAAUUAAAGGCUUUCCGAAUAUUUUUUAUAUAAGUGAUUGCUGUGGUUGCCCUGGCGUGCUAUGCAGUUCUGAAUGGCAGAAGAGGUGUCCAUGAGACACACUCUCGUAAGACCUUGUUUACAUCUAAGGUUUAAGAACCCCUGGCAUGCGUCUCUCAUAAGUAGUCAGUUUGGUUUAGGUAAAUGGGUUUUGUCAAAUUGCUUGGUCAGCCCACACAUCCUAAAUGAAUUUGACUGUAUUCCUUCUAGUACAGGAGAGUAGAACAACUGUGCAGAAAUCAGUAGAUCACACCCCUUCACAUACCAACCUUCACUCAAAACAGUGCUUUGUAGGGUAUCAGUGGUUCACCAAUGUACAUUCUAAGAGCUCAGUGCCCAAUAUGUAAUGAUAUAAUCAUGUAAUGGUACACGAAGAGACCAGGCCUAACCUUAUACUGAUACUGCCAAAAACAUACAUCUCUACUAAGUGAAAUAAAAGAGUACUCUGCUAGUUCAGACAGUAGGGAAAACAGAUAAGGAACCAGCUCAAUUUAAUAAGUCUGCAAAGCACCUAGCAUGUUGUGGGCACCAAACCAAUAAAAAUGCAUACUAUAGUGAAGGACAGAGAUACGCAUACAGUGCAUACAGGCUGUAGAAAAUCCUCAUUAGCUGGAAAAUUAAUUUGUUCAUACGUUGUAGAAAGUGACUGAAGUCUAAAAAUAAAUCAUCUUCAGAAAUUAUUUACUCUGAAAGUUUAAACAUUUUAAAAUAUUCUAACAUAUAACUUCUUCUGAUAAUGAGUGAAUUAAAUAAUCUCGGUGAUUAGUAAAUCUAAUAAUUAAGGCCCUGUUCUUGCAAUGGAAUCCGUCUAAGCAAACGUUUAUACCUAGGGCUAAAGAUUGAAGGGGUCCCUUUGCAGGAUUGGGCGCUAACUGAAUGAGCUAAUCCAAAAGUAAAUGAGGAACUUAGAAAAAGGUUGCCAACUCCAAAUCAACAGUUAUACAGAAUCAAAAAAGAAGAAGCUUACAGCUUCAUUUGAGGACUUUUGUAAGGCACUCACUGUUCUAGCUCUACAAUCUUGGAGCAAAAACCAGAGUGAGUGCCAGAUCAAACAAGUUCAGAAGUACAAAUGGAGGACUGGUCAAAAGUUCCUAGGGAGUCCUGAUCCAUGACUAAGGCUUCGAGGCCCAAAGAAAUCUGUAAUCUGGAACAGCAAAGAGAAGACUUUUGUCCGAAAUUUCAGCUUUAUCCAAGUUCUUCAAGAAGCCUACGACCACAACAUGAAUUGGUCAUCCAAGGCAAUGUUGAAGCAAUGAAGCUGUCAGAUUUGCCAACAGCCACCUCACUCAGUGUUCAGAGUGCUAGCACCCAGAAUGUGUGUCUAGAUCAUGUUAUUGCCCCUUGUACUGCUGAAGAAUCAAGUAUUACAGAAAAACAAGGUAGAAUGCUCUCUGACCUUAUGACUUCUUGGAAGGAGACUGGAGACCUAGAUAAAGAGAUGAAUAUUGCAUUCCUUUUAAAAGAAUUGGAUGUUGUAAGGGCAAAGAAUAAAAAGCUUCAGGAUAAGCUGUCUGAAAAAGACAAGGAGCUGAAGACAAUAAAGCUGGACUUAGAACUGCAAGAGAGAGCUACAGAAGCUAAGAUUGCGGAAAAGACUGCAGCACUCGUGGAAGAAGUUUAUACAGCUCAACGAGAACGUGAUGAAGCUGUCAUGGCUAGACUUAGGUUAGCCAAUGAAGAGCGAGAUGAAGCACUUCUUCGAGCCAAGGAUUUGGAGCAGACCCUUAAAGAGCUAGAAAAUAUUAACCCUGAAGAAAAUGACAUGACAUUACAGGAAUUACUGAACAGAAUAAACAAUGCAGACACAGGGAUAGCUAUACAGAAGAAUGGAGCUAUAAUUGUGGAUCGAAUACACAGGACCAAGGAGCGUAGAAAGAAAAUAACAGCUGAGGAAAUGAAUGCAGUGAUAGAAGAACGGGAUGCUGCUUUGUCUCAAUGCAAACGGCUGGAGCAGGAGCUUCAUCAUCUGAAAGAGCAGAACCAGACUUCAGCAAACAACACGAGACAUCUGACUGCUGAAAACAAUCAAGAACGUGCUCUGAAGGCAAAGUUGCUAGCUAUGCAACAAGAGCGAGAGACUGCUGUUCAACAGAAUAAAAAACUAGAAGAAGAAAUUCAGACGCUACGUGUUUAUUACAGUUUACACAAAUCUCUGUCCCAAGAAGUGAGUCUUAAGGAUCAGUUUAACUGUACUCUUAGUACAUAUGAAGAUGCACUGAAAAGCAGCGAGGAUAUUGUAACCAUCACACAUCGCCAAAAUGAGCAGCUAGCUACCCAACUGCAGCAAGCCCUAACAGAGCGAACAGACAUGGAAUUAAAGCUUCAGCAAGCUUUAGAAGCUUCACAAGAGGCCAACGAAAAAGUUCAAACGUUGGAAAGACUGGUGGACGUCCUGAGGAAGAAGGUUGGAGCAGGGACCAUUAGGACUGUGAUCUGACUGAAAGCGCCAGCCUAGGGAAGCAUUCACAUCUGGUGACCAGGCUGCUUCAUUCAGCACUAUGUAAACACUAAAGCCUUAACUUAGCAAACAGUUGUUAGAAGUGGGACACUCCAAUGACAUUCCAGACUGAGAUAAAAUCAAAUCAUAAAUGUUUAACCACUUCGCUGCUGAGUUGUGUUAUUUGUCAAACUGUAUCUCUGCAAACAUGUAUUUGCUUUAAGCAGCUGUAUUGUGGUAUGGUCAGUGAGUAUUGUGGAAAUCAUUUGUGUGCUGUUUUAACAGUAGUCUCUUCUCUCAGUUAACAUUGUCGGACUGCAGUGUGCUGAAAGGCAUAGUCUGGUCAUGUUGUUACAUACGGCCUGCUUCAGGGGCCAGUCCUACAAAGCACAGUCUCAAAAUGUAAAUCUACUGUGCUAUUUAUCAGUCCGCAAACAAUUGAAUAUUUUAAUGUUGAAUGUAUUUCUUAAUUGAUAAUAGAAGUUCAGAUUCAAUGUUCUAUGUA